UCUACUGGCUUAUAUAUGACUCCUGCACCGGUACGCUUCUGAUUACCCGAGCCCGAGGAGUUCCUUAUAUAGCUUUCCAUAUUUCCAUAUUCUACAUUUCCUUUGUCCUUUAUUAUAUAUCCAUUUACCUUCCAAACUGAACAAUCUGCCCAGACUAUCUUCCUCCUUCAGGUUUCUUUCCACGACCAGAUACAGAAUGUCUACACCAACCGUAACUCUAAAUGAUGGCGUCAAAAUCCCCAAAAUUGGAUUUGGCCUUGGUACCACCCACUACGCCAAGGAAUGCGUUGAGCAUCUCGUCUCAGCCUUAAAGACUGGGUACACUUACAUUGACUGCGCCCAAAUGUACAAAAACAGCAAGAGCGUUAAGGACGCCUUGGAAAAGUGGGGCGGUAAGAGGGAAGAUAUUUUCCUUUUGCAAAAGUGCGGCAGCGGCGGUGGAGACAGUGAAUCGGAGAAGAACCCCAAGGUUAUCCUGAAGGGUUUGCUUCAGGAAAUGGGUGUUGAUUACGUUGAUCUUUAUCUUCUCCACUCUCCACUUCUCUUCGCUCCCAAGUACUCUAUCAACGAAGCAUGGGCCAUAAUGGAGGAAAUCAAAUCUGAGGGCCUUGCCAAGUCUAUUGGUGUCAGUAACUUCAGGGAGGAGGACCUCAUGGAGUUGCAAAAGACUUGGAAAAUUGUUCCAAGUGUCAACCAGAUUGAAUUCCACCCUUACAACUACCAUGCCGACAACAUGGUUCGUCUCCAAGAUUUCUGUCACUCUAACAAGAUCACCAUCCAAUGCUACGGCCCUCUCACUCCUCUCACCAAGGUUCCUGGUGGACCCGUUGACUCUGUAGUCAAGAAAAUUGCGCAAGCCAAGGGGUACGAAGACUCACAAGUAUUGCUGAACUGGGCCGUCCAGAAGAGUCAGGGUGUUGUCGUAACCACCUCGGCCAACGAAGGUAGACAGAAGUUGCAGCUGGAAGCCAUCACUGAGAAGGGAGAGCUCACUCAAGAAGAAGUAGAUGAGAUCAGCGAGGCAGGCAAGAAGAUGUUUGUCAGGGCGUUCAUGCAACAAGUCUGGGACAAGGCCAGGAAGUAAGAAGGUCCUUGCAGUUAAAAUAUCCAAAUAUAACCAGAAUGAUGCAAAAAGUCGUAGAUGUAGAUGCAUUGACAAGUUAGGCUUGUGCU